GUUCGCUCCCUGGAGGCCCACAUGUACCCCGAGAAGCUGAAGGUGAUCGCUCAGCAAGUGCAGCUCCAGCAGCAGCAGGAGCAGGUGAGGUUGCUGCACCAGGAGAAGCUAGAGCGCGAGCAGCAGAUCCGAACCCAGCUCCUGCCAUCACACGCUCCCCCAGCGCCCACCCACCACCCCACCGUGAUCGUUCCAGCACCGCCUCCCUCCCAUCACGUCACCGUGGUCACCAUGGGCCCGUCCUCGGUUAUCAACACGGUCUCCACGUCCCGGCAAAACCUGGACACCAUUGUUCAGGCGAUCCAACACAUUGAGGGGACGCAGGAGAAGCAGCUGCAGGAAGAGGAGCAGAGACGCGCCGUCAUCGUGACGCCGGCGCGCGCCUGCCCCGAGCCCUCCGCCUCCGACACCGCCUCC